CACGACCACAGCGCGAAUGAUUCAGCUCUACCAACGUAUUCCGAAGUGGAUGCUGACCGAGCUUCCAGCUCGCAAGCCUUUAUGGCGGAAACUACAACCACAACCGUAACGACCACAACCCAGACAACAACCUUCUUCUCGUUACCGCUCUGGCGUCGCCGAGCAGCUCCUUCCAUGAGCGCGGCUGUGUCGGAGGGUCCACAGAGAUCCGCGGUGCGUGCACGAGCCACAGAAGACGGACGAAUCGCUCGUGCAGUUAGCUAUAAUAUUGAUUUCAACAAGGACUUACCCGACGUACCACGCGAUGCAGACACGGUUGAUCCGUUAUUCGCGCGGCGUAGCACCGGAACGAUGCACUUUCCAACGUGCCCGCUAGAGGCCGUUCCAAGUUCUGAGCGAACCAGACCUUCGCGUGCAUCGACCCUGAUGCCUCCCCAAUCUCAAUCUACGUACACACUCGCACAAGCUGGCCUUGGGAUUGGUCUUUCUCAUGUUAUGCCGUCGGUUGCUGGUGCGACACCAAGAGGUCCAUCUACUUCGACAUCAGCAAGACCCAGUACUGCUCCAAGGCCGACACGAAUGGAUACCAGUCCUGUGGUUCGACGCGUUAAGAGCUUUUCGCGCUCGCAAACCGAACUCGCCACUCCGCAACCAAAACGAAAAGCAUCAAGCUCGCAGUUGCAGAUCGUGCCGAGCGGUGAUGAUUCAGGUGUUUUGGCAGAUGAGAACCCGUCUUCUAGUUCACCGAGUACUCGGUCAGAGUCGAGAUCCUUAAUACGAAGGGCUUCGUUUUGGACUCGUCGAAGAGUACAGUCGUUCAAGGGACCUAACGAGUCUCAGAGUCCUUCCGAACAAACGGCACGGUUGUCAUCUGCACCCGCCUUACCAGCAUUUCAACC